GAACGCAAUGAUAAUAGCUUAAUGACGUCACUUCCGUAAGAAAACCAGCCUGACCGAGCAAUAUUCAUGUGUUUGAUGCCGCGGGGCUGAAAUCCUCGCGGUUUAUCUUCACGCGUGUCCGGGAUCCGUGGGAAGGGAAGUUCCUCCGCCGCUGAGAUGAAGAAGAGCAGCUCGGAGAAAAGGCGCCAUGUUGUGGCGUGGAUCACCAAGGCGGAGUGGGACCAGGUGCUGGACUACCUCUACUCCAAGGAUCCCGCCCUGCAGAGGUUCGCGCUGAACAGGGUCUCUGCGUGGAAGGCCCGCUACGCCCACAGCACGCCCGUGGCCGUGGACUGCACGGCCGAACUGGUCCGGUGUCAGGUUCUGGAGCGGUCCGGUCAGCUGGGCGGGGAUGAGCUGGUCCUCCUGUACGGGACGGCCCUGGUCCGGUUCGUUAACCUGAUCACCGAGCGGAAGCAGGGGAUGAAGGCCCAGCCUCUGAGGCGGCUGGCCGGGAGGCUGAACAUCCCUGAGUGGGUGGUGGACCUGAGGCACGCGUUCACCCACAGGAAGCUGCCCACGCUCAGGUGGUGCAGGAAGGGCUGCAGGGUGGCCCUGGACUGGCUCCAGCAGGAGUACUGGUCCAGGCAGCUGGGAGGGGGGGCUGAGGAGGACUGGGAGGCCCAGUCUGAUGGGGAGGAGGAGGAGGAUGCUGAGAGGAGGCGGCAGGAGGAGCUGAUGAGCAGGCAGAAGGAGAUGGAGGCGUACAAGGCUGCCCGGGACCUGCUGGUGUCCUACGAGGAGGAGCGCUUCAAGACUCUGGACGGAGCCCAGGAGGAGCCGCCGCCAUUCGCUGACCUCAGCUGGUUACUGGAGGAGAUCAAGCAGGCGUCGCUGGAGUCCAGCCAGCUGCUGGUGGAGGUGCUGCUGGAGGACGGCUUCCUGGUUCCCACGGCCCAGCAGCUGGAAACCUUAGGCUGCGAGCCGCCCGAGAGCUCCGGCUCCUCGGAGCCCAGGAUCCCCCCCGUCUUCCUCCGGUUCUGGCUCCCCCUGCUGAGGAUGCUGCACUCCCCCUCCUUCAUCCACCUGCUCCUGGAGAAGCUCCUCCUGGAGCUGAAGCUGCUGAGCAGCGGCCAGAACGAGCGGCGGCUGUUCUUCGUCUGCGCCUGGACCUCAGAGGUCAUCCUCUGCAACAGCAACAAGUUCCAGUUCCGCUUCGAAAAGAAGAUGCAGAAGAAGGCCCGGAUGAAGGAGCGGAUCUAUGUGAACCGCAUCCAGCUGCGGUGGCAGCAGCUGCUCUCUGCGUGUCUGGAGGCGCCCUGCGUCUACACGCCUCACCUGCUGCAGGUCAUCCUGGAUGACAUGGAGCAUCCGCUGCCUCAGGAAACCCAGCAGAAGCUGCUCCAGCUCUGCUCCAUCUACACGCAGACGUCCAGCACGGAGCUCCGCCCCCCCAAGGAGCAGCAGCAGCAGCCCGUUUACACCCUGGAGAGUCUGCAGCAGCGCGGCCCUCUAAGGAGCAGCAGUGAGAGGAGCGAGGCCCCCGGCGACCCGAGAGGGGCCGAGGCCCUGGCUGAGAAGGCCAAGCUGCUCAGGGGUUCCCCCUGGCAGGUGUGCUUUGACAAGGUGCAGUGGAAGAACUUUCCUCUGGGGAAGGUUCCUGGGCAGCAAGACGAUCCAUCCUGCCUCAUGGCGGAAACCUAUUCAGCGAUGGCGGUCUCUGAGCAGCCAAUGGAGCUGGAGGGCAGCAGGAAGCAGGCGGCCCCGGGGGCCUCUGGGCUCACUAGAACCGCAGAAGGUCUCCUCUGGACCCAGAGUGACGUCAGCAGACUGAAAUCUGGACUCAAGCUGUUUUGAUCAGAGAUGUGAAGCAAAUAAAGUCGCUGUGGACCCCACAGACGACGAGUCAACAGACGCAGGCCCCGUGGGGGCCACAGGCGCCGUGGACCCCACAGACGGCCAUCACAAUCAGACUUAGAGGAGGAGCCGCUGGUUAAAGCUGACGUCAGAAAAACGUGGCGCUCUGCGGAGCUUCAGGAGGCGACGUUAAACAGCCUCUGAUUGGCUCCUUUUAGAGGAAACAUUUGUUUUCCAUCCUUUCACUGCAACUAGAUUUAGAUUAAAAACCAAAUAAAAACUGGUCCUUUGUUGUUUGUAAUUUACUUUUGUUCUUUUAUGUGGAAUAAACUCUUUUUUUUACAUGAA